AUGCCAUCUCUGGCAGCGGGAGCGGAGCGUAGCGGCAGGGCGUGGCGCGGCGCGGCAGAGUUGGGCAGAGACAGACGGUUGAGCCCAUACGAGUGGUAUAAUCCACACCCGUGCAUGCGGCGGGGUCUCCUGGUGAACCAGUACUCUCUGGGCAACAGCCUGUGGUUCCCUGUGGGCGGAUUCAUGCAGCAAGGCUCGGAGAUCAUGCCCCGCGCCCUCUCCACCCGCUGCGUCAGUGCGGUCUGGUGGCUCUUCACCCUCAUCAUCAUCUCGUCCUACACGGCCAACCUGGCGGCCUUCCUGACGGUGCAGAGGAUGGAGAUGCCCAUCGAGUCCCCCGACGACCUGGCUGAGCAGACGGCCAUUGCGUACGGCACCAUGCAGGGGGGGUCCACCAUGGCCUUCUUCAGGAACUCUCGGUACCAGACGUACCAGCGGAUGUGGAACUUCAUGCACUCGAAGCAGCCCAGUGUGUUCGUGAAGAGCACGGAGGAGGGCAUCGCCCGCGUGCUCAACUCCAACUACGCCUACCUGCUGGAGAGCACCAUGAACGAGUACCACCGCCAGCGCAACUGCAACCUCACGCAGAUCGGAGGCCUGCUGGACACCAAGGGCUACGGCAUCGGCAUGCCGCUGGGGUCUCCAUAUAGGGAUGAGAUCAGUCUGGCUGUGCUGCAGCUGCAGGAGAGCGACCGGCUGGAGAUCCUCAAGCGCCGCUGGUGGGAGGGAGGACAGUGUCCCAAAGAUCAGGACCACAGAGCCAAGGGUCUGGGGAUAGAGAACAUUGGUGGGAUCUUUGUGGUGCUGAUCUGUGGACUCAUCCUCAUCGUGUGGGUGUGUUGUCUGGGGAUAGAGAACAUCGGUGGGAUCUUUGUGGUGCUGAUCUGUGGACUCAUCAUUGCCGUCUUUGUGGCCAUCAUGGAGUUUGUUUGGUCUACACGCCACUCUGCAGACACAGACAAGGUCUCUAUGUGUCAGGAGAUGCUGUCAGAGUUCCGGAACGCCGUCUCCUGCAGAAAGAGUUCUCGUUUCCGGCGGCGGCGACUCAUGACGAGCUCGUUGGCGCUGCGGCACGCGGCACGUGUGGCCCUCGGGCCCCCCCGACACCUGCGGGUCGUCAGGGAGAUGCGCCAUAGCAACGGCAGGCUCUGCAGCGGGGCGGGGCCUUCCACCGGGGGGGUGGCAGCAGCAGACGCCUCUCCUCCCCCUGACCUGGGCCCGGGCCCACAGUGCCCCCUAGAGGCCCCUCGGGGCGCCUGCAGCAGCACAGCGCCAGCCACACACACACACACACACACACUCACGCCAGCCAGGGCCGUCACCGUGAUGUUGCCCAGAGGCUGCACACACGUACGCAUCUGUCAGGAGUGCCGGCGGAUCCAGAGCCUUUGUCCCGCCCCCCCCUCCACACGAAUCCCGCCCUCCUCACCCCCCUUGCCACGCCCACCACCCCCGCCCCCACCGGCCUCCUUAUCCAAUACAGACAGCGAAGGAGGGGGCGGGUCCAGCCCACACACAUCAGACCACACCCUCUCACCUCACCCACUGCUUCCCACUCAGAGCGGCACAGAAACACAGACAGAACAAGACUGAGAAACGAGAGAGAGAAAGGGGGGAAGAGAGGGAGAGAGAGAAAGGGGGGAAGAGAGGGAGAGAGAGAAAGCAGAGCCAACAAGCAAGGUCAGGGUGAGACAGGGUCAGGGUGAGACAGGGUUAGGGUGAGACAGGGUUUGGGUUUUAACCAACAGAGGGGAGAUGGAAGAGGAUGAGAAAAAGACUAAAGAGGACGAAACAUGACCCCUUAGCUCAACUCCAUCAGCUCUCACCCUCUGUGACUGCGUGGAGCAGAGGAAACUA